AUGACUUGUAACUCAACCGAUCCCACAGCGGGGAGCUACCAUAAGUCUGGCGUGCAACUUCGGUUCCUGAGGACAGAUCCGACGGGAACAGGUCAUGAUAGCUGGGAUGCUUUCUAUCACCGGUCCACGAUCAUUCAAAUGCGACCAAACCGAGUCUACGGACACGAUAUCUCAGUGGUUUGCUAGAACGGUGCUGCCAUUCGAACCUCAAUCACCACCUCAUCUUGCGAUUGGGCUGCAUCUGAAGCUGGUGUAAAACUCAGCCUCGACUAUUGAAUCCGACGUGCCCUCUAACUUGGAGCUGGGAUCGUGUUGACGGCAUUCGUGCGGAGGCUGACCAUAAUUAUAUCAGAGCGGCAAAGAGUUUGAAUUUGUGGCGGAUGACUGGUGGGCAUGACUUCGGUAACACGCAGCUGACGAUCUGAGCGGGAAGCAUCCAAGAUGAGUGUAAAAACGACAAUUCAUUGUCUUUCCUUGCGGUGCACUCACGAGUUAGAACUCCCUCAAAACACAUAUUACAAUCGGAGCAGGCACGGACACGGACUUGCGUCGGGCCGAGGUUACGCCGCCUCGCGUCAGCCAAAAUUGAUCAUCGUACCACCCCACGGUCCCCCACCGCCUUGCACUGACACCAUCCAUCCUUCCCUUCAUUCACCCGGUCAUCCUUCCCAUCUGCCGCGCGGAGCACACGUAUAUCGUAAUCUCCCCAUCCAUCGCCCAAGCGGCGCUUACUCUCGUACCUGCUUGACGCCCACAGUAUUUCGCGAUCGUCUUCCGCCAGCACGCGUCCUUACCCACUCUCAAACGCACCACAAGUAGACUGUCGGACCAUGGACCUGGCUGCGACGGAACGCGUGCCGUCGCUCUGGUUCUUGGACGGGAACAUCGUCAUCAGCGUGCGCGGCGUGCUCUUCCGCGUAUUCCGUGGCAUACUCGCGGCUCAUUCGAGCGUCCUUGCGGAGAUGCUUGCUACCGAUGCGGAAGAGGGCACGGAGAGCAAGCGGGAGAUGGUGGAUGGGUGCCCGGUUCUCGUGCUGGACGACUCGGCGGCGGACAUGAUGUAUUUUCUAAAAGCGCUUUUCGACUACGAAUUCUUCGCGCCCUAUCCGGCAAAAACAGACUUCGACGCCAUCCACGGCGUUCUUCGGCUUGGCACUAAAUAUCGCGUAGAGCCCCUGCGUCGACGGGCACUACAACAUCUUUCCUCAGUGCACCCGACUAGCCUGUUGGCAUGGGAUGCCCUCUGCGCGACUUCACCCUCCGCUUCCACGUCCUCCCUGGGCUCAUCUACCUCUGCCUCUGCAGCCCCGGUUCCUGCACCAAGGUCGCCCACAACCCGCGCCCCGGCCCCGGCGCUGGCACUGACGGAUCCCUACGCCGCCGGCCCCUCCUUCGACUUCUCGCACCUCGAGCUCCCCAUCAUCGCACUCGCACGCGCCGCCUCCGCCCCGUGGAUCCUCCCCACCGCCUUCCUGCGUGCCUUGGCGGUCCUGUCCACCAGCGACAUCCUCGGUGGGAUCGACUACACCGGCGUGCACGUCGAGCUGGAGCGCGCCGACAAGCUGCUCCUGCUGGAUGCGCGCGGGAUGGGCGAGCAGGUCAGCGAUGUGCUCGGCUUCCUGUGGAGCCCCAUGGCAAUCCCCGGGUGUACGGGGCGGAGCGGGUCCGACGGUGGCACCGGCAUGUCGGCGUGCACAGCUGAUCGCAUGGCGGUGAGAGCUGCGGCCGAGCGGUGGAGGGCGGAUGGGCUGUUCCCGAUCGCUAUUAGCACGGGUCCAGUGCCGGGCACUUUCGCAGAGGACGACGAGCAGGACGACAAAGACAUGGAUCAAGAUGCAGAUGAUUCUGGCCGGGCGAUCUGGUCCGAGGAGGACUUUACUCGACUCCGGGUUUGCUCGACGUGCAUGGCCUACAUGCGUGCGGAUUGGACGUCUCGUAGGGAACGAUUCUGGGAACGUCUUUCUGCUGUGUGGGGAUUGCCCAAGUGGGAGGAGCUUGAGAGAAUGAGGCGGGAGAGUGGGUGUUAGACGUAAGAAAAUAGACUAAGCUUUGCUUCAUUCACCUGCACUUUGUAUAUCGCACCGAAUCUGACUGUAUUUCUAUUGAUUGUUUGACCCAAGUCCCAGCAGUCACUAUGGACCAGCUCACUCUUCGAUAAUGUGUGAUCAUGUCCGAGAAGCUGAGGGGCCUGAUUCUCAUCUACAUCUGCAUGGCCUGAUCACGGUUGUGCCUUCGAGAAUUUCCACGCACGAUGAAGGUAACGUCAUUCAUUUUCGAGCUGCCGGCACACCGGGGGAUCAUUAAAAAAAGGUGCCCCAAUCAAAGAUUUAUAUUUUCAGUAUUGUAGUACAAAAACUAUGCUACAAUAGGUUGCCCAAUACUUUUAAUAUAAUCUGCCAUCAUCGGUUACCUGUU